GAGAGGAGGCUGCAGGCGGACAAGAAUAAGCUCGAGCAACAACUGAAGGCGCUCGCGGCAAAGGACAAGAAGAUCGAGAGGCCACGGGCCCUUGCGGGAGUCGGGUCGGGCGGUGCUGCUUCGCAGGCACAAGCCCCGCAGACCGACGCCUCUGGUUCAGACACAGACAAGGCCAGGCUCAGUGAGAUCGGCGCAGGCAUCAGAGCAAUUGGGGUUUCGAAGGACCCGGUGCUCAUCAAGUGCAAGACGGAUAUAGCUGCGGAGUACGAUUCUCUCAAGGAGCGGAUCAUGCGCGAGGAGCCCGUGGCCUUGGAGAAGAAGCGCGAUCGUCCGGCCGAGAAUGUCAAGGCGAUCGAGCACAAGGUUUGCGAACUCCAGAAGCAGCCCGGCGAAGCGAGGGACGCCCUCGCGGCCACGGCACGCGAGCUCGCGGAGGCAGAGGAGCAGCGGCGCACCGCGGCUAUUGCAGCCCCUCGGCCCGGAGGGUCUGAUGGCCCACCGUCGCUGCGUUCAGCCAUCUCGGGCAUUGACACGCCAAUCGACGAGGUUGGCAAGAUGCUCGAGAGCUUCGGAGCGGAGCAGGGCAUGCGGAACGACGUCGUCGGCAUGUUCGAGCGCUUCCGCGCCCUCGACAAGGCGGCUGCGGAGCGCCGUGCUCGCGAGGCGAGCGGCGGAGGCGCCGCUGCUCCUGGCGGUGUUGGUGGCGAAGCUCGCGUUGAUGGGCGCGCUCGUGCUGCCGAGGGUGGCCGCGUGCCCAUGGACACGGGUGACCUGCCAGACUUGCCGGCCAUCUACAGGGAGGCCUUCGGAGCGGACCCUCCUGAGGACGAGGCCCAGCUCAGGACCGCCAUCAAGCGGCUCGGCGAGGCG